AUUACAAUUGGAACUUUCUUUCCAAGUUUCAACAAGACAACGUAAACACUCACCUGGAGGACAAGAUGAGCGCUUCAGUGGCUGUAUACCGGAAUAUUUACACCGAGGACCGGUUCAGACAGUCGUACGGUACCGAGGCCAAGACCCAUGGAGGUGGUCAACGGUUUCGGGAGAAGAUCGCGGAACGGUGCAGGUGUUCGCGUGCAGCAUGCCUUCACCUGUUGCGGGAACGAGUGCCCAUUUUUAACUGGCUGCCGAAGUACAGACUGAAAAAAUGGAUAUUAGGAGAUACAAUAGCGGGACUAACAGUUGGUAUACUUCACAUUCCACAAGGUGAGUCAAUUUUAAAGUUAAUAUUGUGAGCAAAGGUUUACUGUAGUAAAUGGAUGUCGUUUGAUGUCGAUUUACCAUCUUUACAAACUACACCACUUUACAAACUAUUUUGUUACACUAACCUGUUCCCCAAUUCUGUGAUUUACAUUUACAUUUUAGUCAUUUAGCAGACGCUCUUAUCCAGAGCGACUUACAGGAGCAAUUAGGGUUAAGUGCCUUGCUCAAGGGCACAUUUACGUCAUUUAGCAGACGCUCUUAUCCAGAACGACUCACAAAUUGGAUGAAGUUUUAUUUCUCACGUGUCACUGUUUUGGCAGCAAUUACCAACCAAUCAUGUGUUUGAUUGAUUUUAAGAAGAUUUUGUCAAGUUGCUCAUUAUAAACGAAAUAAACACCUUCAAAGAUGGACUUUUUGUCCACUCCAGAUAAUUGGUCAGUGCUAUCUGGGAUCCUCGGGACGUCCCUACCCUAAACCCUAACCUUAACCCCUACUCUUACCCUAACCAUAACCAUUACCCAUACCUAAACCUAACCCUUACCUUAACCAUUUUAAACGUCAACUUCAAUGGAAUAUGGAUCUCCCAAGGAUCCAGAAUAACACAGAGCCCAGAUUAUUUAUGAGUUUGAAUGUAUAUUUUACAAUAUGCCAUUCACACACACACAAUGUACAAAAUAAUGUUGUUACAAAAUGUAAAACGAAUUCAAAAUGUAUUCUCAUCUGAGCGUGAUAGGAAAAAUGGAACCUCAAAAAUGUAAUCUCAAUGGAUGUUAUACAGUCGCUAUUGAGAUAACGGAGUCAAGAAAAUACCAGCAUUGUUAGUAGUAAUACAGUAAAAACAGGUGUUAUUUCAUAGAAUUUAUUGGCAACAUUAUUUGCCAAUAAUUUGCCACAAUAUCAAAGACUUUUAUCUAAAAAUGUCACCAAUUACUCAUGUAGCCACAGGUGUAUGUGAUGGCAACCGAUUGUAGCAUAAUAUCUUGUUUCUCUUCCUGAAAACAGGUAUGGCCUUUGCCUUACUGACGUCAGUGGCGCCCAUCUAUGGCCUCUACACCUCCUUCUUCCCUGUGGUCCUCUACAUGCUCUUUGGCACAGGACGGCAUGUAUCCACUGGUAUACACACUCUGAUAUUAUUAAUCUAGGACUGGAGCCUGAAAAAUGUAUAUGGAUAGGACACGCAAUGUACCUGCGAUAAAUCCUCUGCCAUGUGUGUCUGUGUGACAGCUACUGGGUUUCGAACCAGGGUCGCCUCUGCCCCAUAAGACUGUGUUAGCCCCCUGAGCUAAAGUCAAAGUUAAUCAUCAUAGUUUUUUUGUUUAUUCACACAAGUGAAAGACGAAGUGCAGAUAAAAACAAGGUAAAAAGGUGUGCAGGUGAGGUUGGAAACCCAAGAGGGCCUAGUGAAAGCCUAUAUACCCCUUGAACAGUCUUCACAUUUUGCUGCCUUAAAAUGGAAUCUAAACAUUAUUAAAUUGGUGUCAGCUUCAUGUUAUGGGUAUGCUUGCCACCGUCAGGGACUGGGGAGUUUGUCAGGAGAAAAAUAAAUAUGAAAGGAGCAAAGCCCAGGUAAAAGGUUAGAGGAAAACCAGCCUCUUUUGAAAACCUAACCAUGGCAUAGAGCUUUACUUUUCAGCGGGACAAUUACACACAUUUUAAUGCCACACUAGAAUGGCUUUCCAAGAGGUGUUGAGUGUUCCUGAGUGGUCCGGUCUUAGUCCUGAUUUAAAUUUGCUUGAAAAUCAGAGACAAGGUUUGAAUAUUGCUGUCCAUCAAUGAUUCACAACCAAAUUUACUGAGAUUGAGAAAUGUUGAAAAAAAAACAGGAGAUAAAUGUUGCCCUAAGAGUUGUGCAAAGUUAGUAGAAUCUUGUUCAAAAUGAUUACCUGCUGUAAUGGCUGCCAAAGGUGCUUCCACCAAGUAUUAACUCUGGGGAGUGAAGAAUUACGCAAUCAAGACAGCGUCGUUUUUUGUUUUUCCAUUUCAAUGUGGACUAGAUUGUGUAGAUCCACAUUGAAUGUAACAUUUCACUAGCGACUGUAUAUGAACAGAGCCUAGUUCACCAAACCACUUCCGUUACAUCUGUGCUCACACUGAUGCUGAGUCGCUUCGUAGCUGUGUUGUUUAGCCGCCUUAUGGCUGUUUUGGUAGAGGUGCUGAGUGGCUGAAUCACAGACUAGCUGUGUCUGUGUUUCCCAGGUACCUUUGCAGUGGUGAGCCUGAUGACAGGCUCAGUGGUGGAACAGCUGGUGCCCACCCCUCUACAGCUCAACUCCUCCAGUCCAGAGGCAGCCGACUUUGAGGCCCAGAGGAUUGGGGUGGCCUCCGCUGUAGCUCUGCUCUCAGGGAUCAUGAUGGUGAGUGAUACAUAGGGUUCUCUCUGGUUAAAUCUCAAAAGUAUUUCCCUCGAUUCCCUGCGUCCUCUCUCCUCAUCUCCAUCUCAAAACUUCAGAGGGAAGUGAGGAGAGCAUUGGAGGACAAGAUCAGAAGAUCUGCUCUCCUCACUUCCCUAUGAUGUUUUAAGCAGGAAGCAAGGAAAAGGACAAGUUUAAGAUGGCGUGGCCCUAUAGAUGGAUGGUAUUUCUAUGGCGUUUAGAUGUUGUAGUCCUGACUAAAUGUUGUUUGUUUCCCAGCUCUGUAUGUUUGGGCUACAGCUGGGUUUCCUCUCUACAUACCUGUCAGAACCCAUCGUCAAGGCAUUCACCAGCGCUGCAGCCUUCCAUGUCACCAUCUCACAACUGCAAAGCAUGCUGGGACUGCGGCUCCCCCGCCACACCGGCCCCUUCUCACUUUUCAAGGUCAGCAGUCAGAUAAGUGACAAUGAUCAGGAUAAUACUGUAUUCAGUUUAAAGUGGUUUAGAACUCCAGUAUGUUGUGGAAUUAUAAAGUUAGGAUAAAACGGGUCACUAUCAUAACCCAGGUUCUCUGAAGGAGAGAACAAGUCUCAACUGAAAGAGAACUGAGGGAGCUCUCAAAACCUCACUAGGUUAAAUUGAACCUUUUAAGAGACACUUGACAAUCAUAAACACAGAGCUGUGGGAAGAGACUAUUGAAAUAGUUGCUCCUCUCUUCACUAUAACGCAUUCCCCACUGAACCUGCCCCACACCAACAUGGCCGAUGUAAUACAUUACCCCCUGUGUAUAAAAAAAUAAAAAAAUGUAUGCACUCAAAUGACUUUUUUUUUUUUAACACAUUCCCCCUGUCUUUGUCCUCCAGACCCUGGCGUCUGUCAUAGAGAACCUUCCCCACACCAACAUAGCUGAGCUACUGACCUCCCUGGUCUGUCUGGCCAUCCUGGUACCGGUCAAAGAGUUCAACAUGAGGUUCCGACAGCGGCUACGCACACCCAUCCCUGUAGAGAUCCUCACGGUCAGUCACAAGGAGGACACAUAAUGCUUGGAAUGCUCAAUGUAGCUCUAUGUAGCUGUAAUGUUUAUGACGUGCUUAUAGAUGUGUUAUAACUCAAUUUGAUGUCUCUCUUUCUCUCAGGUGAUAAUAGCUACAGGAGUGGCCUAUGCCUCCUCUCUGGACUCGAACUAUGACGUUCAGAUAGUGGGCCACAUUCCUGCAGGGUAAGGUAUCCACUAACUGAGCAUCUCCAUCUAGUGAUAUCAUCAUCAUCAUCGUCAUCAUUUAGCUUAUAUUAAAAGAAAAAUGAAACAUUCGAAACAUUAGAGAGUGUGUGUAAAGUUUUACCAUGUUUUGACGGUGGACUUCAUAUUUCCAGCUUCCCGAGUCCACGGAUGCCUGCCUUGCACACGUUGCCUGAGGUCGCUGGCGACACGGUUGCCAUUACGUUCGUGGGUUAUGCUGUGUCUGUCUCACUGGCAAUGAUCUACGCAGACAAGCAUGGCUACUCCAUCCAACCCAACCAGGUAGGCUACAGUGGUCCUCUACUAAUAUGAUUCAGUAAUGCUGGAAACUCAACACUCAUUCAAAUCUUGCCUCCUUGUACAAAGCACUACAUGUUUCAUUUUUCUCAGCAAAUCUAUGUGACUUCUGUGUAUGUCAUUUGUGAGCUGUGAAAAGAAGUCCAUCUUUAAGGACAAGCGUUGUCAUUUACAUUUACAUUUACGUCAUUUAGCAGACGCUCUUAUCCAGAGCGACUUACAGGAGCAAUUAGGGUUAAGUGCCUUGCUCAAGGGCACAUCGACAGAUUUUUCACCUAGUUGGCUCGGGGAUUAGAACCAGCGACCUUUCGGUUAGUGGCACAAUGCUCUUAACCACUAAGCUACCUGCCGCCCCAUCAUCAUCAUCAUCAUCAUCGUCAUCGUCGUCGUCAUCAUCACCGUCAUCAUCAUCACCGUCAUCAUUAUCAUCAUCACCGUCAUCAUCAUCACCGCCAUCGUCAUCAUUAUCGUCAUCAUGUUUUUCUUGUUUCUCCAGGAGCUCUUGGCCCAUGGUAUCUCCAACACAGUGUCAUCUCUCUUCACCUGCUUCCCCAGCUCAGCCACUCUGGCCACCACCAACAUCCUGGAGAGUUCUGGGGGAUUCACACAGGUACACACUACUUUAUAUCUAGCCUACUUUCCAGGCUUUGUCUUUACUUCAAUCUAUAUGCAUGACUUUCUAGAUGCCCUAUUUGUCUGCCUCACCAUUUGCUUCUGGCAUGAUGAUACAUUCAUUCAUAUUAUGUCAUUUCAUGUUCUCUGUCUCUCUGUCCGUUCAGCUCUCUGGCUUGUUCACCAGUCUGGUGGUCCUGAUAGUUCUGCUGCUGAUUGGACCUCUGUUCUACUUCCUGCCCAAGGUGAGUCAGUGUGUGUCUACUAAACGCUGGUACUGUAAAGGCGGCAGCAUACACUACUUACUGCGACAACAGACUUUAGCUAGUUUGUGCAAACAAAAUGACAUCAAUGAAACGAAGUGCACUCGUCGUCCGAGUGAUUUACUCGCAAUGUCCUGAUCCACCCUGCUUUACGUCUCUCCCUAGGCAGUGCUGGCCUGUAUCAAUGUCACCAGCCUCAGACAGAUGUUUCUACAGUUCCAGGACCUGCCAGACCUCUGGAGAGUCAGCAAGAUUGACUUCGUAAGUCUGUCCGUGUUACCCUUGAUUUGUAUCAAUAUACCACUUUUGGGUUAUUUCUUCUGUCUCAUUGAGUGAAAGUGGUGUAGUGAUCAACCCCUGUGAACCUAUGUGGACUGUAUAUUUGUGACCUUAUAUGGCCUGUAUAUUUGUGACCUUAUAUGGCCUGUAUUUUUUGUAACCUUAUAUGGACUGUAUAUUUGUGACCUUAUAUGGCCUGUAUUUUUUGUGCCCUUAUAUGGACUGUAUAUUUGUGAACCUGUAUGGACUGUACUGUAUGUAUGUUGCAGGUAGUGUGGCUGGUGACUUGGCUGUCUGUUGUGGUCCUGAAUGUCGAUAUGGGUCUGGCCAUUGGAGUGGUCUUCUCAAUGAUGACAGUCAUCUGUCGCACACAGAGGUAUGCUAUGCCUUCACCCCUCUCAACACAGACAACACAGACACAGUGUAUCAAUGGUUACAUAGAGCUACAGCCGUUGGAACUGUACAGAUUACUAUUGCUAAAUGCUCCCUUGUAAGCAAUGUAUAGCAUGCAUAACUACCUGUGUACAUCUACAGUAUAUGCAUCUAUUUUUUAUUAAAUCUGUAUUAAUUAGAUUUGUGCAUUCAUCAGCAACAAUAAUCAUCAGCAAAACUAUAAUUAUGCCUUCUAAUAAUGUGAUAUAAUUCUCAAGAGACCGCUGUGUGCCAGAAUUGAAGUCUUUAGAGUAGAGCACAGUGAAUUACUGUCUCUCAUAGGGACAAAUUAGUAUCCGUCAUAGACCUGUUGGUCCUCUAGGAUAUGAUAUGAACUUGAUACACUCACCAAAAGGAGAGAGAGUGUCCCAUGUGGCUCAAAUGGUAGAGCAUGGCACUUGCAACACCAGGGUUGUGGGUUCGAUUCCCACAGGGGACCUGGAUGAGAGUGUCUGCUAAAUAAAUGUAAUGUAAACAUAACCAGAGUUAACUUUCAAUAUUUAAACAUUAUAUUGUUGGCAGACUAACAGUAUGGUAGUAGUUGCACCGGUUUGUGUCAAGAACUACAACGCAGCUGGGUUUUCCACAAGCAACAGUUUCCGAUGUGUAUCAAGAAUGGUCCACCACCCAAAGGACAUCCAGCCAACUUACAUUUACAUUUUAGCAGACGCUCUUAUCCAGAGCGACUUACAGGAGCAAUUAGGGUUAAGUGCCUUGCUCAAGGGCACAUCGACAGAUUUUUCAACUAGUCGGCUCGGGGAUUAGAACCAGCGACCUUUCGGUUACUGGCACAACGCUCUUAACCACUAAGCUACCUGACGCCCCAUCAACUGUGGGAAGCAUUUGAGUCAACAUGGGCCAGCAUCCCUGUGGAAAGCUUUCGACACCUUGUAGAGUCCAUGCCCUGACAAAUUGAGGCUGUUCUGAGGGCAAAAGGGUGGGGUGCAACUAGGGCUGUUGUGGUGACCGUAUUACCACCACACCAGCGGUCACGAGUCAUGAAGGCAGUAGCCUACCAAACUUGCUAACUGCCUGGUACUCAGCACUCUAUUUUCCCUCUAAUCACUCUGACAUCAAUGCAAAUAUAUUUGAAAAUCAAACACUUCAUUAGAGCCCAUGAGCUCAGGUUGCGCAACAUUUCAAUAGGCUAUGCAAUUGCGCAAGAAAACAGAGCGAUGGCCUCUACUGAAAAGAGGAGAAUCAGCAUUCUAUAGGCUAGGCCUACUAUAUUUAUUUUUCAACUUUCCUAAUAUUAAGCACAUUGCUUAUAUUUACAACAGGAGUAUAGCCUACCUGGCUGGCAUGAAAAUAAACCACGGAGAAAAGCGUCCUCCAUUCGCUAUUUAAGUGCAUAGAUUACAUGUAUUUUUUCCCGCUGCCCUUAUUUAAAUACAGGUGCAUGAUAAUGGUCCAUUCUCAAUCAAAUCAAAUUUCACACAUACAUUAUUUAGUAUAUGUAGUGACAACACCUCAUGUAGCCUAGCCCAUAGGCCUAUACAGUACCAGUCAAAGGUUUGGACACACCCACUCAUUCCAGGGUUUUUCUUUAUUUUUACUAUUUUCUACAUUGUAGAAUAAUAGUGAAGAGAUCAACAUUAUGAAAUAAUACAUAUUGGAUCAUGUAGUAACCAAAAAAGUGUUAAACAAAUCAAAUUAUAUUUUAUAUUUGAGAUUCAAAUAGCCACCCUUUGCCUUGAUGACAGCUUUGCAUACUCUUGACAUUCUCUCAACCAGCUUCACCUGGAAUGCUUUUCCAACAGUCUUGAAGGUGUUCCCACAUAUGCUGAGUACUUGUUGGCUGCUUUUCCUUCACUCUGCAGUCCGACUCAUCCCAAACCAUCUCAAUUGGGUUGAGGUCGGGGGAUUGUGGAGACCAGGUCAUCUGAUGCAGCACUCCAUCACUCUCCUUCUUGGUAAAAUAGCCCUUACACAGCCUUGCGGUGUGUUGGGUCAUUCUCCUGUUGAAAAACAAAUGAUAGUCCCACUAACCCCAAACGAGAUGGGAUGGCGCAUCGCUGCAGAAUGCUGUGGUAGCCAUGCUUGUUAAGUGUGCCUCAAAUUCUAAAUAAAUCACAGAGAGUGUCACCAGCAAAGCACCCCCACACCAUAACACCUCCUCCUCCAUGCUUUACGGUGGGAAAUACACAUGCAGAGAUCAUCUGUUCACCCACACCGCAUCUCACAAAGACACACCGGUUGGAACCAAAAAUCUCAAAUUUGGAGUCCAGACCAAAGGACACAUUUCCACCGGUCCAAUGUCCAUUGCUCGUGUUUCUUGGCCCAAGGAAGUCUCUUCUUCUUAUUGGUGUCCUUUAGUAAUGGUUUCUUUGCAGCAAUUUGACCACGAAGGCCUGAUUCACACAGUCUCCUCUGAACAGUUGAUGUUGAGAUGUGUCUGUUACUUGAACUCUGUGAAGCAGUUAUUUGGGCUGCAAUUUCUGAGGCUGGUAACUCUAAUGAACUUAUCCUCUGCAGCAGAGGUAACUCUGGGUCUUCCAUUCCUGUGGCGGUCCUCAUGAGAGCCAGUUUCAUCAUAGCGCUUUAUGCUUUUUGCGACUGCACUUGAAGAAACUUUCAAAGUUCUUGAAAUGUUCUGUAUUGACUGACCUUCAUGUCUUAAAGUAAUGAUGGACUGUCGUUUCUCUUUGCUUAUUUGAGCUGUUCUUGCCUAAAUAUGGACUUGGUUUUUUAGCAAAUAGGGCUAUAUUCUGUAUACCCCCCCCCCCCCCCCCCCCCCCCCACCUUGUCACAACACAACUGAUUGGCUCAAACGGUUUAAGAAAUAAAGAAAUUCCACAAAUUAACUUUUAAGAAGGCACACCUGUAUUUCAGGUGGCUACCUCAUGAAGCUGGUUGAGAGAAUGCCAAGAGUGUGCAAAGCUGUCAUCAGGGCAAAGGGUGGCUAUUUGAAGAAUCUCAAAUAUAAAAUACAUUUUGAUUUGUUUAACACUUUUUUGGUUACUACAUGAUUCCAUAUGUGUUAUUUCAUAGUUUUGAUGUCUUCACUAUUAUUCUACAAUAUAAAAAAUAGUAAAAAUAAAGAAAAACCCUUGAUUGAGUAGGUGUGUCCAAACUUUUGACUGGUACUGUAUGUUUUAAUAAGGUUUGUAUCACUGAAGUGGCCAAAUAACUUCUUAAAAAUAAGCACAUUAAUCCGCUUCACAAGGGAUGUAGAGCCUAACUGGCAUACAUAAGUAGCACGUGAAUUUAAAGUUUGGGGAAGAUAAUUUUCACCAUAAAAAUGCAACUUUAUAAUAAAAGCAUUACAUGCAUAAUUGCAUUUGCGGUCACUUUUGAUAAUGGUGAUUUCCGCUAAUGUGUCACGUUCGUUUAAUGACGGGUCAGACCAAGGUGCAGCGUGAUAUGCGUACAUGUUUAUUUUAACUGUUAAACACACGACAAAACAACAAAGGAAACGAAACGUGAAGUCCAAGGUAGCACACACAACAUACCUUAACCGGAACAAGAUCCCACAACUAGACUGUGCCAAUAGGCUGCUUAAGUAUGGUCCCCAAUCAGAGACAACGAGCGACAGCUGCCUCUGAUUGGGAACCACACCGGCCAACAUAGAUCCACACAUGCUAGAUAUACAACAUAGAAUAUAUACAAACAAAGAAUACACACACCCUGACUCAACAUAUAAGAGUCCCCUGAGUCAGGGCGUGACAGUACCCCCCCCCCCACCCCCAAAGGUGCGGACUCCGACCGCACUACAUAAACAUAACAGGGUGGGGGCCGGGUGGGCAUUCCGCCUCGGAGGCGGAUCAGGCUCGGGGCGUGACGACCUCUCACUCUCCGCCUCCCUGUUGCGCCCCUGGUCUGGUCCUCGGCGCGCUACUUCCCCUCUCCUUCCUCCCACGAUACGCCAGGCCCUGUCUGGACCCUGGUGUGGGAGACCCCGAACCUGGAGAGGGGCUGACGUCAUGGUCUGGACUGGAGCCGCUGACCGGAGCUGGACUGGGCAACUGUGGAGCGGACUGCUCUGGCUCCGGAGUGUAGCCGCUGAACGGAGCUGGAUCAGGCACCGGUGGAGCGGACUGCUCUGGCUCCGGAGUGGAGCCGCUGACCGGAGCUGGACUGGACCCCGGUGGAGCGGACUGCUCUGGCUCCGGAGUGGCGCAGCUGACCGGAGCUGGAUCAGGCACCGGUGGAGCAGACUGCUCUGGCUCCGGAGUGGAGCAGCUGACCGGAGCUGGAUCAGGCACCGGUGGAGCGGACUGCUCUGGCUCCGGAGUGGAACAGCUGACCGGCACUGGAUCAGGCACCGGUGGAGCGGACUGCUCUGGCUCCGGAGUGGAGCAGCUGACUGGUGCCGGACCAGGCACCGGUGGAACGGGCACGGGCCGUGCCGGACUGGACAAACGCACCACUGGUCUGGUGCGAGGAGCAGGCACGGGCCGGACCGGACUAGGAACACGCACCACUGGCUUGGUGCGAGGAGCAGGAACAGGCCGGGCUGGACUGGCGACGCGCACCACUGGCUUGGUGCGAGGAGCAGGAACAGGCCGGGCCGGACUGGCGACGCGCACCACUGGCUUGGUGCGAGGAGCAGGAACAGGCCGGGCCGGGCUGGCGACGCGCACCACUGGCUUGGUGCGAGGAGCAGGAACAGGCCGGGCCGGGCUGGCGACGCGCACCACUUGCUUGGUGCGAGGAGCAGGAACAGGCCGGGCCGGACUGGCGACGCGCACCACUGGCUUGGUGAGAGGAGCAGGAACAGGCCGGGCCGGGCUAGCGACGCGCACCACUGACUUGGUGCGAGGAGCAGGAACAGACCGGGCCGGACUGGCGACGCGCAACAUUGGCUUGGUGCGAGUGGCAGGAACGGGCCGGGCCGUACUGGGAACACGCACCACUGGCUUGGUGCGGUGAGUAGGAAUGGGCCGGACCAGACUGGCGACACGCACCACUUGCUUGGUGCGAGUUGCAGGACUGGGUUCCUUUGUUAACCCCCGCUCCUUCUGCUGCCUAACCAGCUCCUCUCGCCGUGCCUCUUUCCUUCUCCCUUUUAGCCUCCUGUAGCGCCUCCAUCUGACCGAAUAACUCCUGCUCCAUCUGAACCAAUAGCCCCCGUAACAUGGUGGCCUCCUCUCCUAUCCUGCAGAUCCGCCCUUUAACGGCCUCCUGCUGCCUCGUCGUCCACACCGUGUGCCCCCCCCAACAUAUUUUCUUGGGGUUGCCUCUCGGGUCUCCGUCGUCGGCACUGUUGGCGCCGUUUCUCCACUCCUACCUGGGCAUCCUCCUUCAUCGCCCUCCGAUAACGGACGGCCUCCUCCUCCGUAAUUCUCCCCCAACCGAGGAGGACAUCUACUAACGCAACCUCCUGUUGAGUCCCAGGCGUUUGCUCCUUCUCGGCACGCUGCUUGGUCCUUGUUUGGUGGGAUCUUCUGUCACGUUCGUUUAAUGACGGGUCAGACCAAGGCGCAGUGUGAUAUGCGGACAUGUUUAUUUUAACUGUUAAACACACGACAAAACAACAAAGGAAACGAAACGUGAAGUCCAAGGUAGCACACACAACAUACCUUAACCGGAACAAGAUCCCACAACUAGACUGUGCCAAUAUGCUGCUUAAGUAUGGUCCCCAAUCAGAGACAACGAGCGACAGCUGCCUCUGAUUGGGAACCACACUGGCCAACAUAGAUCCACACAUGCUAGAUAUACAACAUAGAAUAUAUACAAACAAAGAAUACACACACCCUGACUCAACAUAUAAGAGUCCCCUGAGUCAGGGCGUGACAUAAUGAACCAUUCGCGCUUAUAGCCUACUACCAUGUGCGCAUUGCUGCGCUUAUAAUGUGAAGAAAUAGUCUAAUAGUUUAUCAACAUUUUAAGCUAAACGUUCUGAUCUGUUGCGUCGGCCACAUUGCGUAAUUUUUUUUUUUUAAUGCUAGUGGUUUUAUUAUUUUGGGAUCUAUCGCAUCCCACAACUGUCCCAGACUAUGUUUGGAAUAUUUAUUUAUUGCACAGAAUAGAAUAGGUCGACCUUUGUACUAUGGGGGAUAGGACAUUGACAUAGGCUAGUGCUUUUGCUGUUCGUUAGGCCUACUCAUCUUGUUGGCUGAUGAAAAGUAAAUGUGGAUAGUUCUUCCAAUAUCUUCAAUUUGCACCUCGGAAUUGGAUAAGGACGCGCGCAGUUGCGUCCCCGAUGUGUCUGUCUUCACUUGUAGCCUGUGAGAAAGACCCGAUCACGUGAUGGAGCACGCAGCACUCAGCGAGAAGGGCACAACGGCCACUGGCCGCAAAAGGCAUGGAUUUUGUUUGGGGUGCAUUAUGGCCACACAAAGGGGAUGCCGCCGUGAAAUUCUAGGCAUUAUCAAGGGCUUGUCAAAUUGUGAAUUUCGUGACCGCCACAGCCGUAGGUGCAACUCAAUAUUAGGAAAGUGUUCCUAACGUUUGGUAUACUCAGUGUAUGUAUACACUCCCACAAUAAUAACAUUGUUUUCCUCAGGGCUGGGUGUUCAGUGCUGGGCAGAGCGAGCAACACAGAGAUCUACAGACCUUUAGAGAACCACAACAAGGUGAGAGGAAUUCUCCGGAACACACUGGAGAGAUACAAUGCAAAUACUUCCAGUGAUUCUUGAUGUAGAUGUGAAGUAAAAAGUGCUAAUGUGAUGCAAUCUUGAGAAACCCUCAUUAGUAUCAUCGUUUCAGAUAGUGAUCAAUGUAUAGCCCUGCAUGGGCAUGAAUUUUAAGCCCGAGCCCUACCCAUGCCCGCGACGUUCAGGUCCUACCCUACCGAGGCCCGAUUGCUUCUGCCCGUAACCCGAAAUCAGAAAUCACAUCCUCCAUUAGUAAAUCCAUUAGCUGUUCCUCACUGUCUGUCACUCGCGCGCAGCUCACUCUUCAUGCGGCUCUGAGUCUGUGAUUAUCCAUAGCAAAGCCUCCGCUUGGGCUGCUCUGCUCAAUGAAGAGACAUGAGAGAGCGGUUAGCUGUUAGCUACUUUUUGUCACUCUAAACUCCGACAAAACUCAAGGAACAUUAUUAUUUUCUGUGACAUCAUCUCUCCUGUCUUAUAGUGAGGGAAAAAAGUAUUUGAUCCCCUGCUGAUUUUGUACGUUUGCCCACUGACAAAGACAUGAUCAGUCUAUAAUUUUAAUGGUAGGUUUAUUUGAACAGUGAGAGACAGAAUAACAACAAAAAAAUCCAGAAAAAUGCAUGUCAAAAAUGUUAUAAAUUGAUUUGCAUUUUAAUGAGGGAAAUAAGUAUUUGACCCCUCUGCAAAACAUGAUUUAGUACUUGGUGGCAAAACCCUUGCUGGCAAUCACAGAGGUCAGACGUUUCUUGUAGUUGGCCACCAGGUUUGCGCACAUCUCAGGAGGGAUUUUGUCCCACUCCUCUUUGCAGAUCUUCUCCAAGUCAUUAAGUUUUCGAGGCUGACGUUGUGCUUUCUUGAGCAGGGGGACCUUGCGGGCGCUGCAGGAUUUCAGUCCUUCACGGCGUAGUGUGUUACCAAUUGUUUUCUCCCAGCUGCCUUGAGAUCAUUGACAAGAUCCUCCCGUGUAGUUCUGGGCUGAUUCCUCACCGCUCUCAUGAUCAUUGCAACUCCACGAGGUGAGAUCUUGCAUGGAGCCCCAGGCCGAGGGAGAUUGACAUUUCUUUUGUGUUUCUUCCAUUUGCGAAUAAUCGCACCAACUGUUGUCACCACCUCACCAAGCUGCUUGGCGAUGGUCUUGUAGCCCAUUCCAGCCUUGUGUAGGUCUACAAUCUUGUCCCUGACAUCCUUGGAGAGCUCUUUGGUCUAGGCCAUGGUGGAGAGUUUGGAAUCUGAUUGAUUGAUUGCUUCUGUGGACAGGUGUCUUUUAUACAGGUAACAAGCUGAGAUUAAGAGCACUCCCUUUAAGAGUGUGCUCCUAAUCUCAGCUCGUUACCUGUAUAAAAGACACCUGGGAGCCAGAAAUCUUUCUGAUUGAGAGGGGUCAAAUACUUAUUUCCCUCAUUAAAAUGCUAAUCAAUUUAUAACAUUUUUGACAUGCGUUUUUCUGGAUUUUUUUGUUGUUAUUCCGUCUCUCACUGUUCAAAUAAACCUACCAUUAAAAUUAUAGACUGAUCAUUUCUUUGUCAGUGGGCAAAUGUACAAAAUCAGCAGGGGAUCAAAUACUUUUUUCCCUCACUGUAUAUUGGUUGAAGCACUUCUGACACCAUGUUAUGAUGUUAGUCAGAUAUGACUGUACUGCGCAGCAGAGCACGCGCAAAUGUCUCAGCUUCAAAAUGUUAGUGAUCAACUUUAGUGAUCCUCGAGCCCUGCUCGUACCCUAGUUAUGGAGGAAAAAAACAGGCCUGGCCCUAACCCGAUUAAUCAGGGCCCGUCGAGCACGGCUCAGGUAGAAGAGCUCUAGAUCAAUGUCUGUAGAUUUGUCACCUUGUCCCUUUGAAAACACACCUGAUAACUUACUUUAGUUGAAUGCACUUAUUGUAAACCGCACUGGAUUAUAGCGUCUUCUAAAUUAUUCAAAUGUUUAAAAAAAGGGGGGGGGGGGAGAAAGGAAAGAAAGUUCUGUCUGUACUCCUUUAAACAAAAUACACCUUAGAAGUGAUGUUUGGGAUGAGUGCUCUGUUAACCUGCUUCGCUUUGUCCCCUCUCCUUAGUGCUAUGAGGUUCCGGGUGUAAAGAUCCUGACAUACAACGGGCCAAUCUACUACGGCAACCGCAGCUUCUUCAGAGAGGACAUGAGUCGUCUGCUGGGCCUCACCCCAGAGAGGAUCCGCAGUAGAGAGAAGGCCAGGAAGGCCCUGGAGAAGAGGGAAAGAGAGGCUGUCAACACUGUGGUGAGACUACACAUUGUAUCUGGGCUAGAUCACAUCUUGUACACUACCGGUCAAAAGAUUUAGAACACCUACUCAUUCAAGGGUUUUUCUUAAUUUUUACUAUUUUCUACAUUGUAGAAUAACAGUGAAGACAUCAAAACAAUGAAAUAACACAUAUGGAAUCAUGUAGUAACCAAAAAAGUGUUAAACAAAUCAAAAUAUAUUUUAUAUUUGAGAUUCUUCAAAUAGCCACCCUUUGCCUUGAUGACAGCUUUGCACACUCUUGGCAUUCUCUCAACCAGCUUCACCUAGAAUGCUUUUCCAACAGUCAUGAAGGAGUUCCCACAUAUGCUGAGCACUUAUUGGCUGCUUUUCCUUCACUCUGCGGUCCAACUCAUCCCAAACCAUCUCAAUUUGUUUGAGGUUGUGGGAUUGUGGAGGCCAGGUCAUCUGAUGCAGCACUCCAUCACUCUCCUUCUUGGUAAAAUAGCCUGGAGGUGUGUUGGGUCAUUCUCCUGUUGAAAAACAAAUGAUAGUCCCACUAACCCCAAACGAGAUGGGAUGGCGCAUCGCUGCAGAAUGCUGUGGUAGCCAUGCUUGUUAAGUGUGCCUUAAAUUCUAAAUAAAUCACAGAGAGUGUCACCAGCAAAGCACCCCCACACAAUAACACCUCCUCCUCAUUGCUUUACGGUGGGAAAUACACAUGCGGAGAUCAUCCGUUCUCCCACACAGCGUCUCACAAAGACACGGCGGUUGGAACCAAAAAUCUCAAAUUUGGACUCCAGACCAAAGGUCAAAUUUCCACCGGUCUAAUGUCCAUUGCUCGUGUUUCUUGGCCCAAGCAAGUCUCUUCUUCUUAUUGGUGUCCUUUAGUAGUGGUUUCUUUGCAGCAAUUCGCCCAUGAAGGCCUGAUUCACACAGUCUCCUCUGAACAGUUGAUUUUGAGAAGCGUCUGUUACUUAAACUCUGUGAAGCAUUUAUUUGGGCUGCAAUUUCUGAGGCUGGUAACUCUAAUGAACUUAUCCCUGCAGCAGAGGUAACUCUGGGUCUUCCAUUCCUGUCGCGGUCCUCAUGAGAGCCAGUUUCAUCAUAGCGCUUGAUGGUUUCUGCGACUGCUCUUUCAGAAACAUCCAAAGGUCUUGAAAUGUUCUGUAUUGACUGACCUUCAUGUCUUAAAGUAAUGAUGGACUGUCGUUUCUCUUUGCUUAUUUGAGCUGUUCUUGCCAUAAUAUGGACUUGGUCUUUUACCAAACAGGGCUAUCUUCUGUAUACCCCUCCUACCUUGUCACAACACAACUGAUUGGCUGAAAUGCAUUAAGAAGGAAAGUAAUUCCACAAAUUAACUUUUAAGAAGGCUCACCUGUUAAUUGAAAUGCAUUCCAGGUGACUACCUCAUGAAGCUGGUUGAGAAAAUGCCAAGAGUGUGCAAAGCUGUCAUCAAGGCAAAGGGUGGCUAUUUGAAGAAUCUCAAAUAUAAAAUACAGUUGGAGUCGGAAGUUUACAUACACUUAGGUUGGAGUCAUUAAAACUCAUUUUUCAACCACUCCACAAAUGUCUUGUUAACAAACUAUAGUUUUGGCAAGUCAGUUAGGACAUCUACUUUUUGCAUGACACAAGUCAUUUUUCCAAAAAUUGUUUACAGACAGAUUAUUUCACCUAUAAUUCACUGUAUCACAAUUCCAGUGGGUCAGAAGUUUACAUACACUAAGUUGACUGUGCCUUUAAACAGCUUAGCAAAUUCCAGAAAAUGAUGUCAUGGCUUUAGAAGCUUCUGAUAGGCUAAUUGACAUAAUUUGAGUCAAUUGGAGGUGUACCUGUGGAUGUAUUUCAAGGCCUCUUUGCUUGACAUCAUGGGAAAUUCAAAAUAAAUCAGCCAAGACCUCAGGACAAAAAAAUUGAAACCUCCACAAGUCUGGUUCAUCCUUGGGAGCAAUUUCCAAAUCCUGAAGGUACCACGUUCAUCUGUACAAACAAUAAUACGCAAGUAUAAACACCAUGGGACCACACAGCCGUCAUUCCGCUCAGGAAGGAGACGCGUUCUGUCUCCUAGAGAUGAACGUACUUUGGUGCGAAAAGAGCAAAUAAAUCCCAGAACAACAGCAAAGGACCUUGUGAAGAUGCUGGAGGAAUCAGGUACAAAAGUAUCUAUAUCCACAGUAAAACGAGUCCUAUAUUGACAUAACCUGAAAGGCCGCUCAGCAAAGAAGAAGCCACUGCUCCAAAACUGCCAUAAAAAAGCCAGAAUACGGUUUGCAACUGCACAUGGGGACAAAGAUCGUACUUUUUGAGAAAUAUCCUCUAGUCUGAUGAAACAAAAAUAGAACUGUUUUGCCAUAAUGACCAUCGUUAUGUUUGGAGGAAAAAGGGAGAUGCUUGCAACCCGAAGAACACCAUCCCAACGUGAAGCAUGGGGGUGGCAGCAUUACGCUGUGGGGGUGCUUUGCUGCAGGAGGGACUGGUGCACUUCACAAAAUAGAUGGCAUCAUGAGGAAGGAAAAUUAUGUGGAUAUGUUGAAGCAACAUCUCAAGACAUCAGUCAGGAAGUUAAAGCUUGGUCGCAAAUGGGUCUUCCAAAUGGACAAUGACCCCAAGCAUACUUCCAAAGUUGUGGCAAAAUGGCUUAAGGACAACAAAGUCAAAGUAUUGGAGUGGCCAUCACAAAGCCCUGACCUCAAUCCUAUAGAAAAUGUGUGGGCAGAACUGAAAAGGCAUGUGCGAGCAAGGAGGCCUGCAAACCUGACUCAGUUACACCAGCUCUGUCAGGAUGAAUGGGCCCAAAUUCACCCAACCUAUUGUGGGAAGCUUGUGGAAGGCUACCCGAAACGUUUGACCCAAGUUAAACAAUUUAAAGGCAAUGCUACCAAAUACGAAUUGAUUGUAUGUGAACUUCUGACCCACUGGGAAUGUGAUGAAAGAAAUAAAAGCUGAUAUAAAUAAUUCUCUCUACUAUUAUUCUGACAUUUCACAUUCUUAAAAUAAAGUGGUCAUCCUAACUGACCUAAGACAGGGAAUUUGUACUAGGAUUAUUCUACAAUGUAGAAAAUAGUAAAAAAUAAAGAAAAACCCUUGAAUGAGUAGGUGUGUCCAAACUUUUGACCGGUAGUGUACGUUAGAAUAUAUAAACAAAUAUUUUCUAUAACUUACUGGUAAUGUCAUUUUUUUCAGGAGAGAGGUGUCGCAAACACAUCAUUUUCAUCUGAGAAUGAGAUCUUUAAAUCUGGUGAGUGAUAAUAGAUUAAAGUACUGUAUAUAGUUUGCAGUAAUGUAAUCUGGGUAUAGGGCUAUUCAGAAAGUAUUCAGACCCCUUGACUUUUUCCACAUUUUGUUACGUUACAGCCAUUGUUUUUUCCCCUCAUCAAUCUAUACACAAUACCCAUAAUGACAAAGCAAAAACAGGUUUGUAGAAAGUUUUGCAAAUGUAUGAAAAAUAAGUAAACAGAAAUAUCACAUUUACGUAAGUAUUCAGACACUUUACUCAGUACUUUGUUGAAGCACCUUUGGCAGUGAUUACAGCCUCGAGUCUUCUUGUGUAUGACGCUAUAAGAGUGGCACACCUGUAUUUGGGGAGUUUCUCCCAUUCUUUUCUGCAGAUCCUCUCAAGCUCUGUCAGGUUGGAUGGGGACACUGCACAACUAUUUUCAGGUCUCUCCAGAGAUGUUCGAUCGGGUUCAAGUCCGGGCUCUGGCUGGGCCACUCAAGGACAUUCAGAGACUUGUCCUGAAGCCACUCCUGUGUUGUCUUGGCUGUGUGCUUAGGGUUGUUGUUCUGUUGGAAGGUGAACCAUUGCCUCAGUCUGAGGUCCUGAGUGCUCUGGAGCAGAUUUUCAUCAAGGAUCUCUCUGUACUUAGCUCCGUUCAUCUUUCCUCGAUCCUGACUAGUCUUCCAGGCCCUGCCGCUGAAAGAAAUCCCCACAGCAUGAUGCUACCACCACCAUGCUUCACCGUAGGGAUGGUGCCAGGUUUCCUCCAGACAUGACGUUUGGCAUUCAGGCCAAAGAGUUCUAUCUUGGUUUCAUCAGAUCAGAUAAUCUUGUUUCCCAUGGUUUGAGAGUCCUUUAGGUGCCUUUUGGCAAACUCCAAGCGUGCUGUCAUGUACCUUUUACUGAGGAGUGGCUUCCGCUUGCCACUGUACCAUAAAGGCCUGAUUGGUGGAGUGCUGCAGAGAUGGUUGUCCUUCUUGAAGGUUCUCCCAUCUCCACAGAGGAACUCUGGAGCUCUGUCAGAGUGACCAUCGGGUUCAUGGUCACCUCCCUGACCAAGGCCCUUCUCCCCCGAUUGCUCAGUUUGGCCGGGUGGCCAGCUAUAGGAAGAGUCUUGGUAGUUCCAAACUUCUUCCAUUUAAGAAUGAUGGAGGCCACUGUGUUCUUGGGUACCUUCAAUGCUGCAGACAUGUUUUGGUACCCUUCCCCAGAUCUGUGCAUCGACACAAUCCUGUCUCGGAGCUCUACGGACAAUUCCUUCGACCUCAUGGCUUGGUUUUUGCUCUGACAUGCACUGUCAACUGUGGGACCUUAUAUAGACAGGUGUGUGCUUUUCCAAAACAUGUCCAUUCAAUUGAAUUUACCACAGGUGGACUCCAAUCAAGUUGUAGAAACAUCUCAGGGAUGAUCAAUGGAAACAGUAGGCACCUGUGCUCAAUUUUGAGUCUCAUAGCAAAGGGUCUGAAUACUUAUGUAAAUAAGGUAUAUCUGUUUUUUAUUAUGGGGUAGUGUGUAGAUUAAUUUAAUCCAUUUUAAAAUAAGGCUGUAACGUCACAAAAUGUUGAAAAAGUCAAAGGGUCUGAAUACUUUACGAAUGCACUGUAAAGGCCCAGUGCAGUCAAAAUGCAGUUUCUCUUGUGUUUUGUAUCAUAUUGAACAAUUGCCGAUGAAACUAACACUGUAAAAGUGUGCAAAAAUCUGAUCAGUGUUAUUUCCUGAUAGUUGCUGGUUUAAAAUACAAUCUAGACAGGACCUUCUAAGUUCAACAAAGUUUCGGUUUUCCAUGGUGACGUCACCAGGCAGUAAAUUGGUUAAUAGACCAAUAACAAAUAGAGUUCCAAAUCUCUCUACCAAUAACAGUUUUAAGUUUCUCCCCUCCCCACUCCCAGACAGUCCUAGAAAAAGUAUUGCUUGAAAAAUAUUAUUUUGCUAAAAAGCAAUAAAUAAAUAAAAUGUUGAUGGAAAACUAUUACAGUGAGGUAUUUAAAUGUUACCCAGAAAUGAUAACCCACAUGUACAUAUUACCUCAACUAGCCGGUGCCCCCGCACAUUGACUAUGCAACGGUACCCCCCUGUAUAUAUAGCCUCCCUACUGUCACUUUAUUCUAUUGUAUAUAUAGCCUCCCUACUGUCACUUUAUUUUGUACUUCUGCUCUUUUUUUCUCAACACUUUUUUGUUGUUUUAUUCUUACUUUUUUGUUUAAAAUAAAUGCACUGUUGGUUAAGGGCUGUAAGUAAGCAUUUCACUGUAAUGUCUGCACCUGUUGUAUUCGGCGCAUGUGACCAAUAAAAUUUGAUUUGAUUUGAUUUGAUUUGAUUUAUUGAUAUACAAAUGGCUGCAUUGGGCCUUUAACUCUCUACCAUUAAUACACUGAACUAAUGCAUAAUGUUGUCUCUACAGAAACUGCUGAGAGUGAGGUCCAGGCAGUACUAAUAGAUUGCAGCAGUGUGAUUUUUGUUGAUGUUGCUGGAGCCAGACUCUUCAUACAGGUGAGAAAAGUAAAUUCUAUAGGAUUAUGUUGUGCUGUAUCUUUACUUCUAGUAUCAGUGGAAUUAAUGAUGCCUCUUUUUCCAGAUGUGUAUUGAUUGCCAGAAAGUUGGGGUUUGCAUAUAUUUGGCCAAUUGCAAUGGUAAGUUCAACAAAGUAAUGUAUAACGAUAAUUUUAAUAGCAAUAAGUUAAGUAAUCCAAAUGUAUUUUUAGCAGGAGUCUUACGUGUGAUGUUAUGUUGAAUGGAGAAUGUUCAGACUCUAGAUCUAGAACACUGACAGAAGUUCUAGAAUGUUAAACCUUACCCUAUGAGGCCUUGACUACUGCUUGUUUUCUGUUCUACCUGAUCAUUUAUUGAACCCAAUUAGUGUCCAAGGUCUAAAUCAGUCCCUGAUUAGAGGGGAAUAAUAUAACAAAGCAGUGGAUCUGGCUUCGAGGUCCAGAUUUGAAUUUGAGGGAUCUAGAACAUUGACAGAAGGUCCUCUUCCCUACAGAGAGUGUUCUGAAGAUUCUAACCUCCAGUGGACUGAUGAACUACAUGAACCCACAACACAUCUUUGUUACGGUCCAUGAUGCUGUGAUGUACAUCCAACAACAGAAGGUACAAAACACAAGCAAUGACAAGAAG